GUGCGGGGGAGGCGGCCUUGCGCUUGGACUGCAGACUCCUGGCGAAGGACGGGGCGGGCCCAGCAGGGCUUAAAGCCUCGGGUAUCGGGUAUCGCGAGAGGACCGUCGCGAUCUCGUCGCUCCCCUUCGCCCAGGCCCGCCUCCCGUGCUCCGCUGCAGCGUCAGCUUCGGUAGGGCCUCGGCACCGGCUGCGGCUUGUUGGCCUCAGCCCCAGCGCCCCUUGGUGCUUGUCGGCCCUCGUCAGCAACGCCGUCGGCCCUCGCUGCCUCGGUGCCGGCCUAGGCCGCGGCCUCGGCUCGGGUAUCCCGUUGGCGCCGCCCGCUCCCGGCCCGCCCCCUAUGGGCCCGGGCUAGAGGCACCGCUGCGGCCGGCUCGCGGAGCCCCGAUGCUGGCCCGGAGGAAGCCGGUGCUGCCGGCGCUCACCAUCAACCCCGCCAUCGCCGAGGGCCCGUCCCCCACCAGCGAGGGCGCCUCCGAAGCAAACUUGGUGGACCUCCAGAAGAAGCUAGAGGAGCUAGAGCUUGACGAGCAGCAGAAGAAGCGGCUAGAAGCCUUCCUCACCCAGAAGGCCAAGGUUGGGGAGCUCAAGGAUGAUGACUUCGAAAGGAUCUCAGAGCUGGGAGCCGGGAAUGGUGGGGUUGUCACCAAGGUCCAGCACAGACCUUCAGGACUCAUCAUGGCAAGAAAGCUGAUUCAUCUGGAGAUCAAGCCAGCCAUCCGGAACCAGAUCAUCCGUGAGCUGCAGGUGCUGCAUGAGUGUAACUCCCCAUACAUCGUGGGCUUCUAUGGUUCUUUCUACAGCGACGGGGAGAUUAGCAUCUGCAUGGAGCACAUGGAUGGUGGCUCUCUGGACCAGGUAUUGAAAGAAGCCAAGAGAAUUCCAGAAGAGAUCCUGGGGAAGGUCAGCAUUGCGGUUCUCCGGGGCCUGGCAUAUCUCCGGGAAAAGCACCAAAUCAUGCACCGAGAUGUGAAACCGUCUAACAUCCUCGUCAACUCCAGAGGGGAGAUCAAGCUGUGUGAUUUUGGGGUGAGCGGGCAGCUCAUCGACUCCAUGGCUAACUCCUUCGUAGGAACUCGAUCCUACAUGUCUCCGGAGCGGUUGCAAGGCACUCACUACUCGGUGCAGUCGGACAUCUGGAGCAUGGGCCUGUCCCUGGUAGAGUUGUCCAUUGGAAGGUACCCCAUCCCCCCACCGGAUGCCAAGGAGCUGGAGGCCAUAUUUGGCCGGCCCAUGGUCGAUGGGGCAGAAGGAGAGCCUCACAGCAUCUCGCCACGCCCAAGACCCCCCGGACGCCCCAUCAGUGGUCAUGGGGUGGACAGCCGGCCAGCUAUGGCUAUCUUCGAACUGCUGGACUAUAUUGUGAAUGAGCCCCCUCCUAAGCUGCCCAGUGGUGUCUUCACCCAGGACUUCCAGGAGUUUGUGAAUAAAUGCCUCAUUAAGAACCCAGCCGAGCGAGCAGAUCUAAAGAUGCUCAUGAACCAUGGCUUCAUCAAACGGUCCGAGGUGGAAGAAGUGGAUUUUGCUGGCUGGUUGUGUAAAACGCUGCGUCUGAACCAGCCCAGCACGCCUACGCGUACCGCUGUGUGAUGGGUCCAGCAGGCUAUCUGUCCGAAUCCCAUCUACCUGCCCUUCCCGCCCAGGACAGACUGGCUCCUCCCUGCCUCUCCUGCCGAGCCUCGGAGACAACGUGCACACGGCGGCACAUUCACUUCCUCUUCUACCUGUCCCAGCCGAGGGCCCUCUGCUCUCGGGGGAAGGGUGACACUGCCCAUGUUGUCUCAGAACCUGCUUACUUAGGUUUGAAAACACAAAACAGGGAAAGAAAAUGCAAACCAA